AUGGUAGCUGAAAAAAUGGAGAGGAAGGACAGUGAAAGCUCAGACAAUGGAUUUCUGAAGAGAAAAUCGUCUCUCCCGCCGGGAAAACUUCGAAGCGGAGUCAUCAAGGCAAGAGGAAGGAUCGUCAACUGUCAACUGCCAGGUAUUCAAAUUGUUCCGUAA